AUGAGUCACUUAAAUAAAACCAGAAACGGACAUACCUUCCGAGACAUUGAUGCUUGGGAAGCUCUCAAGAAACGUGAUUUAGAGUAUGCCAUCAACCUUCUCGUCUCAGGUGAAUGGACCAUCGAUGGUGCCAUAAAAGACGGUUGGGGGUCUUUGGACGCGAGGGUGGGCGGCGAAAGAUGUCACGAGACCGCCCUCCUGGCCCUGAUCCUUCGCCGCCUUGUCAUCAAGUACUUAAGAGACAGCAAACUUCUAGAGGAAUUCAAGGCACUUGUUAUCGAAUAUCGCGCCAAUCACGCUCAAGAUAAACCGUGGACCAAAGUUUUCAAGGUUCAAGAUGUUUAUGUUGAUAACUCUAACCGUUAUAGCCAAAUCAUGGAAUCCAUUAUUAACACUAUAGGUCCUGACUGGACAAUGUUUAUUGGCUCUGCACGGACGCUUGCAUCAUUCAGUGUACUCAGCACUAUGGAAUGUGGUUUGACUGUUUAUUAUCGUCGUUUGGGGACGUCCUUGUCGCCACGAGCAAGGGACAACGUGCAGCUGGGAUGGGAGAAUAUCAUGAUGCUGAGUACCCACUACACUUCAUUCACCGAUGCUUCUUUCGAGCUCAUUGACAAGCUCUCUGCUAAAACUUUGCCAGAAAGGGACUCGGAAAAGCCUUUCGGUCCAGAGCCUCUGGCCUACAAGACCCUUCCCAGAGCAAGCAUGAGAGGUUCCAGUUCUCGAAAGCCAACAAGAUCAUUCCAGGCUCUGCUGGCUGUACAAGAUCCCAAUUACGCUUUGUAUGCCCCGUCUGCGAGCUUGGCGACAUACAAGCUUACUUCGGCACCUGUGCGGACUUACGUUGCUGUCCAGAAAGCAGGAGGAAGCUUUAAAAUGGUAGAUUCCAUAAAAGAGGGUAUUGAAGACGAGCCGUGCUGGAAGCUCGGUGGCUACAGCAUGUAUCAUGAAUCACAACUUGGAAGUCUUCUCUCCUCGGGAAAUGAUGACGAGUAUAACAAAGCCCUGGAUCAGGCUGAAGUUGGUCAUUUGAUGUCUCUAUUUGGCUUUGUCCAUCCCGAAUAUCCACUGCAAACUGAAAACGGAGGCGCAGACCUUGUGGCGUUGCGAAGCUCAAUAUGA